AUGUUUGACCGAUACAACCCAAGCACAGUGUUUUAUAGUAUUGCCCAAUUUUUGGCCCUAUUUGGUACCCUGGAUCCCAUUACAGCAGACUUGAGGGAGAUUGUCAGACGUACCAUAGAAUAUCGUGAAAAACACGGUGUCGCUCGUAAAGAUAUCCUUCAACUCUUAUUACAACUAAGAAAUUCCGGCGAAGUUAGGGAGGAUGACGAUACGACCACCUGGCAGGUCGAUGCUGUAGCUGAAAAUCAAAAAACCAUGUCAAUUGAUACAAUUACUGCAAAUCUAUUUCUCUUCUAUAUUGCCGGUUCUGAAACAACAUCCUCGACCAUUGCCUACACCCUCUACGAAUUGGCUAUGUAUCCAGAAAUAUUACAACGUGUCCAAGCCGAAGUUCUCCGGUGUCUGGAAAGAAAUAAUCUCAAGCGAUGGGAUAAUUUGUCCUAUGAUAUUUUACAGGAGAUGCCAUAUUUGGAUCUGUGUAUAAUGGAAACCACUCGCAAAUAUCCCGGCCUACCCAUUUGGAAUCGUGAAUGCACGAAGGACUAUCGUUUAAGCCACAAUGAUUUUGUCAUAAAGAAGGGCACAGCCAUAAUAAUACCCAUUAUGGGUAUUGGUCGAGAUGCAAAAUAUUUUCCCCAACCCAUGGAUUACAAACCGGAACGUUAUGCCGAGGAGAAGGAUCGAAAUAAUAUGACUGCUUUCAUGCCAUUUGGUGAUGGUCCACGAUAUUGUAUUGCUAAGCGAAUGGGCAUUAUAAAUGUGAAAGCUGCUUUGGUAAAAAUCUUAGCAAAUUUCAAUAUUGAAACACAGCCACGUAAGGAGAUUGAAUUUAAAUUUCACUCUACGCCCGUGUUAAUGCCUAAGGAAGGUUUGAAAAUAACACUUGUGAAAAAGUACUAA